AUGGACGUGGACGCGGACGUGGACGUGGACGUGGACGCGGACGUGGACGUGGACGUGGACGUGGACGUGGACGUGGACGUGGACAUGGACGUGGACGUGGACGUGGACAUGGACGUGGACAUGGACGUGGAGGAGGACGUGGACGUGGACGUGGAGGAGGACGUGGACGUGGACGUGGACGUAGACGUGGACGUGGACAUGGACGUAGACGUGGACGUGGACAUGGACGUGGACGUGGACGUGGACGUGGACGUGGACGUGGACGUAGACGUGGACGUGGACGUGGACGUGGACAUGGACGUGGACGUGGACGUGGACAUGGACGUGGACGUGGACGUGGACAUGGACGUGGACGUGGACGUGGACGUGGACGUGGACGUGGACGUGACGGACGUGGACAUGGACUUGGACAUGGACGUGGACUUGGACGUGGACGUGGACAUGGACGUGGACGUGGACAUGGACGUGGACGUGGACGUGGACGUGGAGGUGGACGUGGACGUGGAGGUGGAGGUGGAGGUGGACGUGGACGUGGACAUGGACGAGGACGUGGACGUGGACGUGGACGUGGACGUGGACGUGGACGUAGAAAUGGAGGUGGACGUGGACGUGGACCUGGACGUUGACGUGGACGUGGACCUGGACGUUGACGUCCGCGUGGACGUGGACGUGGACGUGGAGGACGUGGACGUGGAGGUGGACGUGGACGUGGACGUGGACGUGGACGUGGACGAGGACGAGGACGUAGACGUGGACGUGGAUGGACGUGGACGUGGUCACGUGGACGUGGACGUGGACGUGGACGUGGACGAGGAGGAGGACGUGGACGUGGACGUGGACCUGGACGUGGACGUGGACGUAGAAAUGGACGUGGACGUGGACGUGGACAUGGACGUGGACAUGGACGUGGACAUGGACGUGGACAUGGACGUGGAUAUGGACAUGGACGUGGACAUGGACGUGGACGUGGACGUGGACGUGGACGUGGACGUGGACGUGGACGUGGACAUGGACGUGGACGUGGACGUGGACGUGGACGUGGAGGUGGACGUGGAGGUGGACGUGGACGUGGACAUGGACGAGGACGUGGACGUGGACGUGGACGUGGACGUGGACGUAGAAAUGGAGGUGGACGUGGACGUGGACCUGGACGUUGACGUGGACGUGGACCUGGACGUUGACGUCCGCGUGGACGUGGACAUGGACAUGGACGUGGACGUGGACGUGGACGUGGACGUGGACGUGGACGUAGACGUGGACGUGGACGUGGACGUGGACGUGGACGUGGACGUGGACAUGGACGUGGACGUGGACGUGGACGUGGACGUGGAAAUGGACGUGGACGUGGACGUGGACGUGGACGUGGUCGUGGACAUGGACGUGGACGUGGACGUGGACAUGGACGUAGACAUGGACGUGGACGUAGACAUGGACGUGGACGUGGACGUGGACAUGGACGUGGACGUGGACGUGGACAUGGAUGUGGACGUAUGGACGUGGACGUGGACGUGGACGCGGACGUGGACGUGA